GAACUACUUCAGUCAUGGUUGAAUAAGAGUAUGAAGAUCAAAAUGACAGAUGGCCGGACAUUAAUAGGUUUAUUUGUAUGCACAGAUAAAGACAACAAUGUUAUUCUUGGAUCCUGUGAAAACUAUUUGAAGCCACCAGGUGAGCGUGUGAAGAAGGAGGAGCCGAGGAUCCUUGGACUAGCCAUGGUGCCGGGACACCACAUAGUCAGCAUACAAGUUGAUGCACUCAGGGAUGUGAAGUUUGUGACAUCUCUAUCCACAGGAUAGGCUAAUUAAGAAUGCAGCAUGCUUACGGCUUAUCAAAACAACUGGCAGAUGAAGGCAUUAACAAUGUACUAAAACAUCAUUUCAUAGGCAGGAUAUUACAUUUGAUGAUUGUGUACAGUAUAUCUUUGCAAGACAGAUUCCAUUUCAAACUGUGUUUUAGAGACAGAGAUUUUUUUUUUUUUUGUAAUUUGACUGAUAUUAAAAAUAACAAAAUAGCUGGUCUAAAAGAAAGUAAUUUCAGGUUCUAACUAUAUGUUUUUGGUGCAGAUUGAUAUAAAAAAGAUUCCUUCCACAAGACUCAAUCCAGAUACUUCUUUACUGGAAGUAGCAAAAGCAAACUUGCUGCCACUACACUAAUCAAGCAUUUAUAAUUGACAGCAGCUUCUUUGUAACAUAAUGUUAGGCAUAUUAUUAUUAAUGAAAAGCACUAUAGGCG